AGAAUGGUCCUUUAUAGGGAGCAGAACUCUUCUACAAAAUCCUGGCCUUGCCAAUGCCUCCCACAUUAGAGAAUAACCGUAGGAUUGGAUUGUGCUUUAACAGUCAGCCCAAUGGCAACCUCAAACUCCAGCACCAUUGUAUCCUCUACAUUCUACCUCACAGGCAUCCCCGGCUAUGAGGAGUUUCAUCACUGGAUUUCCAUCCCAUUUUGCUUCCUUUACUUUGUUGGAAUAACAGGCAACUGUAUGAUCCUGCACAUUGUGCGGACAGACCCCAGACUCCAUGAGCCCAUGUAUUACUUCCUGGCUAUGCUUUCACUCACUGACAUGGCCAUGUCCCUGCCCACCAUGAUUUCACUCUUUAGGGUGUUGUGGUCUAUUUCACAAGAGAUCCAGUUCAAUCUUUGUGUGGUCCAAAUGUUUCUGAUUCAUACUUUUUCCUUCACUGAAUCAUCUGUGCUCUUGGCCAUGGCCCUUGACCGUUACGUGGCUAUCUGCCACCCCCUGCGAUAUGCUACCAUUCUCACACCAAAACUUAUUGCCAAGAUUGGAACUGCUGCUCUGCUCAGAAGUUCUAUUUUGAUAAUUCCACUUAUGGCCCGUUUAGCCUUCUUUCCCUUUUGUGGCUCCCAUGUUCUUUCUCAUUCCUAUUGUUUGCACCAGGACAUGAUUCGCCUGGCUUGUGCUGACAUCAGAUUCAAUGUCAUAUAUGGACUAGUCCUCAUUACUUUGCUGUGGGGCAUGGACUCCCUGGGCAUUUUUGUAUCUUAUGUUUUAAUCCUUCACUCAGUGUUAAAAAUCGCAUCUCGUGAGGGUAGGCUUAAGGCACUCAACACAUGUGCAUCCCACAUCUGUGCUGUGCUCAUUCUAUAUGUGCCUAUGAUAGGGUUGUCUAUUGUCCAUCGUUUUGCCAAACAUUCCUCUCCCCUCAUUCACAUCUUCAUGGCUCAUAUUUACUUAUUGGUUCCACCAGUGCUUAACCCAAUCAUCUAUAGUGUGAAGACCAAACAAAUCCGUGAAGGCAUCCUCCAUUUGAUUUGUUCUCCAAAAAUCAGUUCUAUUAAAAUGUAGGUAUGUCAUCAAGAUAAGACAGGCAUCAGCAUUUACAGUGUGAAUCAUGAAAAAUUGUUUGUUCCAGCUAUAUUGCAUAUAGAGAUGGCAACAAAAGUAGAAACACGUAAACAAAGCAUCACAGGAAGGAUCUGGAGGAACAUGCUCUGUCCACUCUGUUUGGAAAGCCUGUCUCCACACAUACUUCAUAAAUCUUCUUCUGUUAUGGAUAUGUUGCAGAGCAGUAUAUUGGUAAUCACUGCCAAUUAUUCUUUCCCACUUCCAUCCUCAAACUUUAUUCCAAAUGAUUUAUCUAUGAACAUAGUGACCUGGCAUUUCUUUGCCUCUUGAUACAUCAUUCUUCUGUAAUUAUUAUGUGUAUAUAAAUGUGCUGAAACUUAGUGAAUUAUUAUGUAGAAAGGAGCAUUACUGUAGCUAAGAGUAGACAUUAAUCAAUACUCAAGGAAUUAAAAUAUUUAUGUAUAUGUCUCUU